AUGCGAGCGAAGGGUUCCAGUUCGAAAUUCGAAUGCGGUCAUGUCAUCGCCUCUCGGAUUUCUCAUAAGUCACCGUCCAAUGUCAAAAUCGUGCACGUACCGCGAGCGCCGACCCUCCGGAUCGUGCGGAAAAUGCAAUCGUUGGUAGUUUGGUGGGCGGUGGUGUCGGCCGCCUGGGCGCUGGCGGGCGCGUGCUCGAGCUCCAUCUCCAAGCGGCCGGCCAGGCCCGCACGUCCGCAGCGCCCGCACCCGCAGCCCCAGCCGCAGCCGCGGAUGAACGUCACCUUCCCCCUCUUCAAGUGCGAGCCCGACUACUCGGAGUACUACUGCCUCAACGGCGGCGUGUGCUUCACCGUGGUCAUAUCGGACAGCCCGAUCUAUAACUGCGAAUGCCGGAGCGGGUUCGUGGGCCAGCGCUGCGAGUUCAAGGACCUGGACGACUCGUACGUGCUGACGAGUCGGCAGCUGAUGAUGGAGACAGCGUCGAUCGCGGGUGGCGCGACCGUUGCUGUGUUCCUCGCCAUUCUAGUCUGCUUCGGCGCGUGGGUGCGGCUGCACCGGCGCGGCAAGACGCCGCCCUUCUCGGAGGAGCGCGGCCAGGUGCAGCUGGUGGCCGUGGCGGCGCCGCGCGGCAUCGUCGCGCUGUGCAAGGCGCCGCCAGCCCCGCCAGACCUGCCCCACUAG